AUGUCGAACAACGUCAGCCCUGAUGGGGGCAUAAAGCCCGCUGCAAUUGCAACUACGAAGGGCGCCUAUGCGCCCGAGGAGCCGUCCUCGCCGGACCUUUCCUCCAAGAGCAAGGAUGACCAGGACCACGAGGUCCAUCAACUCCACGACGAACACGAUGAAGAUACAGUUUAUGUCAAAGGACAUCCUGUCAUUCGGAAUGGCAUGGAUGUAUCCAAGUACUUGAUUUCGGACCGUGAUGAUGGGGAUCCCUCCUUGACCUUUCGCGCUAUCGUCCUGGGUUCCCUGUUCACGGCCCUUUCCAGCGUCAUUACGAUGCUCUACGUUUUUAAACCAACUCAAAUGCAGGUCUCUGCAGUUUUUCUACAGCUUCUCGUUUAUAUCUUUGGCCAAGCCUGGGCCCUUGGAACUCCUCGCCCCGAUCGAUUCAAAUCUCCAUGGGUCCAGCGUAUCCUCCGAUUCCUCAACUUUGGUCAACCCUUCAAAAUCAAGGAACAUGUCGUCGCUGCGCUUAUCGCCUCAUCUGGAAACAACGGUCUAUCCGGAGUCGAGGUCUAUGGUGUUGAACGACUCUUCUAUAAUCGCAGCGUUACUGCUCUUACCGCAGUUCUAGCAACAUUCUCCAUUUCCCUCUGCGGCUUCGUCCUAGCUGGAGUUUUACGGCCAUUGAUCGUCUACCCCGCCGAAAUGGUAUACUGGUCUACCCUUCCGCAGGUGGUUCUCUAUCAGAACCUCCACUUCGAUCAAAAGGCCAACCGAGACCGCCUCAUCAAGUUCGGCUGGGCUCUCGGUAUCGCUGCUGUUUGGGAAAUCUUCCCAGCCUACGUCAUGCCCUGGCUUGGCGGCAUCUCCGUCUUUUGCCUUGCAUCGAUGAAUGCACCCGAACACACACGCACCAUCUUCACCACCAUCUUUGGAGGCGCCUCUGGCAACGAGGGCAUGGGUCUUUUCAACAUCUCUCUGGAUUGGCAGUACAUCCAGAGUCAGUUCCUCUCGCUCCCUCUGAAGCAGCAGCUCAAUACUUGGAUCGGAUAUUUCUUCUGGUACAUUGCAAUGCUUGCUCUGUACUAUGGAAAUGCCUGGAGCGCAAAGAAAUUCCCCUUCAUGUCGACAUCUCUCUUCCACGAAAACGGAACCAGAUUCGAUAGUACCACUAUUCUCAAUAAUCACGGCACCAUCGACUUUGACAAGCUUGAGCAGAUCGGCCUGCCCUAUAUGACGUCAAGCACGGUCUGGGGAUACUUCACAAUGAACCUGGCCAUUGGUGCACUGAUUACUCAUGUCAUUCUCUUUUACGGCAAGGACAUGCUUCUGGCAUGGAAGCAGGCUCGCAGCAGGACUCAGCCUGAUCCUCAUUAUCAAGGCAUGCUCAAGUACAAGGAAGUUCCCAUGUGGUGGUACAUCGCACUCUUCGUUCUUUGCUUCAUCGCUGGAAUCGUGGUCACAACUAAAGGCGAGACAACUCUUCCGGUUUGGGGGUUCAUUGUUGCUCUUCUUCUGGGAGGCUUCAUUGCCCCCUUCUCCUGUAUCCUAUAUGGACUCUACGGAACGGGAGUUGGAACCAACGCAUUAUCAAAGAUGAUAGGCGGUGUUGUCCAUCCUGGUCGGCCUCUGGCAAACUUGUACUUUGCCAGUUGGUCCCACCAAGUCAUUCUGUUGGCCGUCAACCUUUCGAAUUGGCUCAAGGUCGGACAGUACACCAAAGUUCCGCAUAGAGUCAUGUUUGCCACGCAGAUCUACGGAACUCUUCUGGGCGCAGCGCUCAACUAUGUCGUCAUGACCACGAUUGUCAGCAACCAGAAGGAGAUUCUCCUAGACCCGGUUGGCAACAACGUUUGGAGCGGUUCAACGAUGCAGAGUCUCAACUCACAGGCUGUUACAUGGGCAAUGGCGAAGCAGAUCUAUGGCGAGAAUGGGCGUUAUCUGAUUGUUCCUCUUGGCCUGGUAAUUGGUCUCGCAUUGCCCUUUGCGCAUUGGGGUAUCAUCAAGGUGUUCCCACGCGCCAAAGACUGGCCCAUCAACACGGCCAUUAUUGCUUCAUACUCCGGCGCCACAACCUACUUUGGUAUCACCUCCUGGAUCUGGUCGUCGAUUGCGGUGGGUAUCUUCUCGCAGGUUUAUCUCCGACGACGGCUUCCCAACAUUUACAAUAAGUAUAACUACCUCAUCGGUGCUGCGUUGGAUGGUGGAUCUCAGAUCAUCAUCUUUAUUCUGUCUUUUGCAGUCUUUGGUGCAAGCGGAAAGGAGAGGCCGUUUCCUACUUGGUGGGGAAGACCAGAUGGAAACCCAGACCACUGUCUGUAG